AUGCCUAAUCAGUUCAAUCUAAUAAUAGCUGUCUACACUAAUACAGCUUAUAUCGUAAACGCAUCAAGUGAAGCGCUUUUUACGACAUCAAACUUCGGUGCCUAUAUAGCCGGAGCUGGCAAACCGAAUAGUCCUUGCACAGGCGGAGUGAUCUCCCAAGUUUUAUCUUCGACGGAUCUUCAACAGUUUCUUGACCCAACUGCAGUCAACUAUAACGUUACUCUACCGUAUUCGUCAUGCUCCGACUGUGUACAAACCUGCAACCAAACUAAACCUCAAGUUCCAUUAGACACUUGGUGCCUUGUUGUGAGCAAUCCAAAUAAAGUAAACGGUAUCUAUGCCAGCGUCAAAAUUGAAUCUUCAGCACCGGCCACAACUACAACCUCGAGCCCGACAAGUACUCAUAAUGCUGGAUUACGCUUAUCGUCACAAUUUCAGAUUCCUUUUCUGCAGAUAACUACAGUAGAUGCUCAAUCACUAUCGGGAAACAUCUUCUUGAGCCCUGUACAGGCAUGGUAUACGUGUAAUCAAGCUAGUUAUCUUACUUUUAUUGUAAACGCAACAAACCAGCCGCUCACUACGACGGCAAACUUUGGUACUAUUGCAAAUAGAGCUACCUUUCCAUUAUAUCAAGUAGCCUGCCCAACCGGAGCGCUGAUUGCGCAAGUUUUAUCUCCGUCGGAUCUUCAAGUUUCCUUAAUCCAAAUUCAACCAGACAUAACGAUACUAUACCGUCUAUGUCAUGUCUGCGACUUGACUCAUCCCACCACUCCACCUCCGUUAGGUAAUUGGUGUCUUGUUGUGAGCAAUGGUAAUUAUGUGGACAGCGUCUAUGCCAGCAUCCAAAUCGGGCUUUCUGGGCCCAUUGAGCCCACUACAACUUCGACAACAACAAGCACAAUCUCAAGUAGUACUUCUGCUACGUCCACUCCUAAUACUAUAACUACGGUUGUGGUCAAUGUCCCAAUUUCAUGUAGAUAG